AAAUUAAAAACACUUUUUAUAUAUUUAACACCAUUAUAAAUGCUGGAGGCAAAGCAGGGUUUGGGGUUGAGGCUGACAGCUGGCGACUCCCCCCGUAAUAACCUGGCGACCCCCUGAGGAGUCGCAACCCCCAGUUUGAGGACCCUUGUGCUAUUUCUUAGGGUGCCAGUCCUAUAGCAAACCCUCCCUCUUCCCACAGAGUAACAAGUAUUUGGAGGGGGAGUGAGCAGGGAGGGGCAGGUGGGGAAGGGAGGAUAAAGCAGUUAACAUUAAUUGCAAACAUUAUUUGUGUGUCUUGUGGUAAUGGCUAAGAGCCCCCGUCAGGGUCCAGGACCCCUCUGUGCCAGGCUCCCUGCAAAUACAGAACAGUUUGAUCAUAUUGUGUUUUAACAGCACUGGGCACAGGGGGGUCUGGGCCACCUCUGGGUCUCUUAGCCAUUACCACAUGACACACACAAUUCCAAAUACUCAUUGCCGCCCUUCGUUGUGCUGUGUCUUACGGCAAGAACUGAUCCUGCGACAAGGCGCUGCACAUCUCCUGAGAAGUACUAACAAAGCUCCACUUUUCAGGAGGUGCUUGGCUCUUCCCAGGAUCCGGCCUUCAGAGUGUAAGCAUUACCUCUGGCUUGGUUGCAUGGCCCUGUGUGGGUGGGGAUGAUUUCAGGCAGCAGCAGGAAGAUCUCAGGUGGAUUAUUUAGGAUAGAAAUCUUGACAGGGCCUGUUUCAGUCAGGAGAGGCAGCUGGAACUGGGCCGAUUCCUGGUGUUAUUGUAUCUCGGUCUCCAGGGGACCCUGAUCCCCGCCAGCACUGGUGAAUGGAAGCAGAGCUUGGGGCUGAAAGUCCUCUACAGCUGCGACCAGCAGGGAGAUGCGACCUAGCGCACAGUCCCCCACGGAGCUGGAGCGUUAGCAGGCAAUGCUCUAGUCCAGGAUUUCUCAGCCUGUGGGCCAUGACCCAAAGCUAGAGUGCCAGAACUUUUCAAAGGGCCACGUGGCGGCUCCUGCAGCUCCAGUCUCGUGAGGCAGGCUGGGCUUGACUCCCCGCUCUGGGGACUGUGAUCUUUGGGGUCACAGUGCCGCUUGGGUUUGGCCCAGUUGCCCCUCCAUCAUGACAACGGGGCCGGCCAAGCCAGAGAGGAGUGAGUGGCGCGGAACCCAUAUGCCCAGUCACAAGGCCACUUGCACAAUUGUGGAGCAGUUGGCCCCCAUUAGUGGGGCAGGGGCAAACCUGUGCAGUGCUGCAACCCCGGAGGUCACGACUCUUGGAGCAGGGAGCUGAGCAGGGCAGGAGCUGCUGCUGCAAGGUGAGUGUGGAGUGGGCUCUGCACGCCCACCCACAGGCCCUGAGCCCCCUUCCUGGGGCAGUUCUCAACACACACACACACACCCGGGGGGCCUAUUUACUGGGCUGUGACAAGCCCUCAACUUUUACCAGUGGGUCCUGGGCCAAAGAGGUUGGGAAGCACUGCUGUGGCCAUCUCUCCUCGCCCACAAGGGCUCGGAGCGGUGCUCAGCCCCCACGCCCUUCAGGCACUGUUGUGCUGGAUUUAGGGAGAGUACAGCCGGUUCUGUCAGCUCCCCCAUCCACCCAGUUAGAUCCCCCAGCUCCAGUCACCCUGUUCUUUCCUUCUCCCCCGCUGGAGACCACCACUCUCUCCAUAUGCCCACAUGCCAUCAGAGAUGGGGGGUGGGGGAAGGAAGGACAGCUCUGCCUUUCCAAGCCCUCCUCCCCUACCCUCACACACAAAAGCCUCCUACACUUCAUGUAUUAAACCCUGUGGAAAUUCCAUAAACCAAACCUUUGUCUAACAGGUCUGGCUGGGUAGGUGUGACACCCCCCCCACCCCCGAGGGAAAUCAUAAGAAGCAAGGAACUGACAGUGUCUGAGACUCCCCUUCACCGUACCCCACACUGCAGCUUCCCACAGACAGCGAGAGACUCGGCAUCGUGUCAAGGAACUUGCUGCUCCCGCCAGUGAUCCGGAAAUGCUCUUUGUGCACCACGUUCUUAGCACGUCCUUAACGGCGCCUUGUGCCCCCUCCCCCCCAUAGAAACAGGACACCCCCUCCCCCGCUGGUUCUGUGUGCAUGUCACCCUCCCCCCCUUAGAGACAGGAUACUCCCUCCCCCGCUGGUCCUGUGCGCCCAUGUCACAGUAUCCGUGGGGGUGUCGGGGAAGGGUUUGCGGCUACUGGGCUGGAGAAAUGUGUCGUGCGUCUCCACAGAGGAAUUCCGUUUGCUGACGCAGAGCGGGGCGCUUAGCGGACAUGCUCUGUGUGGACAGCAGGUUCAGAGGAGGCCGUUGGCCUUUCCUGGCUUUUCAGGGCAUCUCACUCCUGCUCAGCCUCAGUCCCUUUUCAGUGGAGUUUUGUUUGUGGAAUAAUGAGCCCCCAGCUCCGCUUAUGUUUCUGUCCUUGCAAACAGGCUCCAGAAUGGGCCCCGGAGUCAAAGCGCCCGAUGCCGUUCCAAUCCCGCUCUGACCCCAGACAGACGUCUGAGAGAGAGAGCCGGCUGCAACCGGCAAGGCUUUCCAUGUGGCCCGCAGUAGCUGCAAUCCAAGCUGUGGACAGGACGGUGGAGUCCCAUGCCACGCGGUUGCUAACUCUGGAGAGGAGAGUGGGAACAGCGGAGAAGAAAUUAGUCGAUUGUGAGAAAACAAUGAUGCAAUUUGAAAGCCAGCUGGAGAGUAAGUGGGCAGCGCUGGGAACUCUGAUCCAGGGGUAUGGACGGCUGCAGAGGAGGCUGGAGAACAUGGAGAACCUGCUGAAGAACAGGAACUUCUGGAUCCUGAGGCUUCCUCCAGGCAGUAGGGGAGAGGUCCCCAAGGUGCCGGUGACGUUCGACGACGUCGCUGUCUAUUUCAACGAGCCGGAGUGGGGGAGCUUAGAGGAAUGGCAGAAGGAGCUUUACAAGAACAUGAUGAAGGGGAAUUAUGAGGCCCUGAUCUCCCUGGAUUACGCCAUUUCCAAACCUGACCUUCUGUCCCGGAUUGAACGAGGGGAGGAACCGUGUGUGGGGGAUCAGGGUCGUUCAGAGGAGAGCGAGAUCCCUGCAGACCCCAGCCCGGAAUCCCCCGUCUCUGCACCAGACAUUUCAUUGUGGAUUAACCAGGAGGAGGAUCUGGGCUGCGGGGGACAAAGGGACUCUGGGGAAAAUGAAAUCAGUGGAAGUCCCUGCUUUGAGGUUCAGGUUGUUCCCCCCGAUGUCUCGUCCUGGAUUAAACGAGAGGAAGAGGCCUGUGCGCAGGAUCAGCCGGUCUGUGGAGAAGGCAGAACCCCUGCAGGCCCCAGCCCUGAAUCUCCUGCUCCUGCGCCUGCCCGUUCCCCCUGGAUUAAACCGGAGCCGGAGCUGUGUGCUGGGACUCAGCCGGCUUUGGAGCAAAGGGGGCUCCCUGGAGAGCCCAGCACAGGUGACGAGAUCCUGCUCCAACUUGCAGAGGAGCAUCGUGCGGAGGAGCGGGGCGAGGGCCCAGGCCCAGGCCCCCCCAGGGCGGUUUGUGCAACGUCCAAAGGGACCAUGGUCCAGAGCCCCCGCAAGGGCCCUGCGGCUCAGCGGAGAAGCGUCCUGGGGAGGUUGGCUCAGGGCAAGAGGGGCACUGGGGAGCUCACAGCAGCCGGGGGCCAACAGAGAACCGUGGGGGGUGAGUGGCCCGGCCCCUGUGCCGAGCGGCCCGGCCCCUGUGCCAAGCGUGAGAAGUGCUCGGGGCAGAAGCAGUCGCUGCUAAGCCCCCAGAAGAGCCUGUUGGUGGAGAAGCCCGCCAAGUGCAGGGAGUGUGGCAAGAGCGUCGGCCGGAUUCAGUGCUGCCUCCAGCACCAGCACAUGCCCCCAGGCAAGCUGCCCUUCACCUGUGCCGAGUGCCGGAAGCGCUUCCGCAAGAAGCGACCCCUGCUCUUCCCCCAUGAGCCGCACGUGGCCGAACAGCCCUUCUCCUGCCCCGCCUGCGGCAAGGCCUUCAGCCAGCGGGACACGCUCCUGGCUCACCAGAAGACCCACCUCUGAGAGCACAAAUCCGUGCGCGCUGCCUGUGGCCAGGGCUUUGCCCCCGAGGAGUAAAUGCAGCACCAGUGGGUGCAUGCCAUGGGGGGCUGCCCCACCAGUGCAGGAGGAGCUUCGCCCACCUUUGCCAUCUAGCCAUGCACCAGUGGGUCCCUCCAAGGGCACUCAGUGUGGGUGGGGCAUUGCCCACCCGGACAGGCCAGCAGAGCACCAGAGGACUCGUCUCCUGCACGAGGCUGCCGAGGGCACCUCGGGGCUGGCAGCAGGGAGCCAGGGCCUCUCAGGCUGCAGUGGCCUGAGCUGGGCUUGGUGAGCCAAUCCCCUACUGUGCCCAUGUGACAUGUUACAUCCCACCCAUGUGCCAGCCGGGCCUGGGCCUGGGCCUGGGCCUGGGCCAGGCGAGGCAGAGACCCUCCAGGAAUAGAGUCCCUGGGGAGUUUGCUGCCCACCCGAGCCCUGCAGAUAAACCAUCUGUGCAGAGUGCGGGGACAGGGCUUCCCCCAGCUCCAGGAGGGAUGCGUCGGGUCAGAGCACUGCCGUGGCCAGCUCCCCCUGGGAGGAGCAGCCACCGCUCCUGGGCACGGGGAAGGUUAAACGGACACUGAGAAUCCAGGCAGGAGGCGUCGCUCGCUGUGGGAACAGUCUUGGUUGCACCACACGAGCCAGCUGGGCUGGUGCAUUCGGGUCCCUUUGCGCCCCCCUGUGUUCAGGCGGCACAAAGGGGGCAGAAAGCAGCCAGGUUGGGCCAGCUGAGAAUCCCUGGGUACAGGGGAGCUCUCACCUUGUGCACCUGGCUCCCAUGGGACCUUGGCCACCCAAACCUGUACAGGGGCCUCGGCCAAAGUGCCUGGUGCUCCAGCUCUCUCCACUCUGCCCUGAGUGCUGUGAGCCCUCCACACUUCUGCUUGUCCCCCGGGCUGGGGAUUUGGGGCGUGUGGAUGCCAGGUUAAGCAGGGCUGGACAGUGACCGUGUCCGUCCCCAGAGCAGGCCCAGCACGUAUGGUGACCACACCAGCGUCCCCAACAGGCCCUUCUCUUCUGGGGUGGCUGGGCUGCUCCUAACCACAGAAACUCCAUUGAGGAUCUGGGUCUCAUGCUCUGCCUGUUGGUAACUGGACGGUCUGACCAAUGGGCUCCAACGACGUCUGAUAACGUCGCUUGGCCAGGUCCCUUGUGACCAGUCCUCCCUGUUCCCAGCUAAUUGGCUGCUCCGAUGUCAUUGAGACACGAGAUCACAGACUGGAGAGCAACCACGUGCAUGCACCGAGUGCGGGAAAAGCUCCUGGUAUGAGCAUCUCCCCAUUACCUGCUGAGAGUCGCAGCAGGACGUGCUCCUUCUCGGGGACGGGCCCUGGGUCUGCAGCAGGGACUCAAACCUGGGCCCCUCUGUUCUGAAGCAGAACAGGUCCCUCAGCUGUUCUUCGAUAUUUCUACCCUCAAACCAGCUGUUACCAACUUGGAAACAGCCCAGGAAUUUAACUCUUGGCACUGGAAGGACUCAGAGGGCGUAGUUCUCCGCUGCCCUGCACCCUGUGCAGUCUUUUCCCUCCUGCAAAGUGGGUGCAGAACGCUUCCAGAUCAGCUUGCUGCAGCCUCUCCCUCUGGGCCAGCGUCACUGAGCAGAGGGUGCAAGGCAGGGGGGACACAGGCCCUGAGUUGCACUCAUGGACGGUUCUCCAGCGAGGACAGCUAGGUUGGGAUUUUCAGAACAGCCUUUGGGAAUUAGGUGCCUAAAUUCCAUUCAGAGUCAAUGGGAGCUGGACACCAGGCUCCCUUUAGGUGCUUUCAGAAAAUCCCAGCUGGAGGCUUGGAGCUUAACUCCUCUCUAGAACGUUAGGUUUGGAUUGAGAUAAAUCCUUGAUGCUGCUGGUUCUAGUCCACGUUCCUGCCUGCUCAGGGGAAGUGGAAACGUACACAGUGAAAUGUCAGAAUAAGGGGGGGGGGGGAUUACUUUCAAAAUGCUGCAUUUGGCUGCCUGUCUUCUCUGAUCUCCCCAGCUCAGCCUGUUAUCAGCCUUGUGUGGGCUUCUCCUUUUCUGCCUUGGCGCACGUCGAGGUAUUUAUUCUGCAUCACAGAUCUGGGCUGCUGAGGUUUUUUAGUUCCAAUUGAGAGGUGAACUGACACUCUAACACCUAAAAUACACUGGGGUUUCCUUUUCAGGAGGGGCCAGGGGAAGAGAAUCCCCUUCCCAUGAUUUCCAGGGUCAAAGGGCUGCUGUAAACCUGUCUGCUUUGUAAAGAGCAGCUUGGUAGAAAUGGGGUUUUUCUAAAGUCUGUAAAUAAAAUUGUAAAAGCUAA